AUGUUUACAGGUCUAGUAGAGGAGAUUGGAGAGGUCUCCGAGCUCAACAGCCAAGAUGCGACCGGCGGCACCUCGCUGACCAUCAGCCUGCCGGCCUCCUCGACCCUGCUGUCGGAUGCGCAGCUCGGCGACAGCAUCGCCAUAAACGGCGUCUGCCUGACCGCGACCUCCAUCACCCCCUCCCCGCCCUCCUUCACCGUCGGCAUCGCGCCCGAGACCUUGCGGCUGACAAAUCUGGGGGCCUUGGCCAAGGGCUCCAAGGCCAACCUCGAGCGUGCCGUGCGGGCCGACACCCGGAUGGGUGGGCAUUUCGUGCAGGGCCAUGUCGAUAGCGUAGCCACCAUCUCCAAGAUAACCCCGGACGGCAACGCUCUCACCUUGCGCUUCAGCCCGAAGAACAAGGACGUGAUGCGCUACGUCGUGUUCAAGGGCUUCAUCGCCCUGGACGGGACGAGUCUCACGAUCACGAAAGUGGACGAUGUCGAGGGCUGGUGGGAGGUCAUGCUAAUCUCGUACACCCAGGAAAAGGUGGUUCUGGCGCAGAAAAAGGAGGGCGACAGCGUCAACGUCGAGGUCGACGUGCUGGCCAAGUAUGCCGAGAAGAGCAUGGCAGGCUAUCUCAGCGGAGACGAGGGCGCUUUGAAGCCCAUCGUAGAGAAGAUGGUGCAAAACAUCAUUACGCAAGCCAUGGGAGGCCAUUCUGCAUAG